CUCGAAUAGUCCUGCAAAUUCCAAAGUUUUUCGAACCAUUUGAAAAUUGGCUAUAUUUAGUUACUAACCGUGCAUCUACAAAGUAAUUUUACUGCAUUGGAAAUGGUUGACCUAAGUGAAAAGGAUCUUAAUGAUGUUCACGAAAUGUUCCUACUGUUUGACACAAAAGGAGAUGAAAAAAUCGAGGCGAAAGAUAUUGGCGAAGUUGUGCGUGCAAUGGGUCUAAAUCCAACAGAGUCGGACAUUGGAAAAUAUGGCUAUCAAAAUAAUCCAAACGAACGUAUCAGUUUCGAAUCAUUCGUUCCAAUUUAUCAUGGUUUAUUAAAAGAACAAGUGGAAGUGGAUCAAGAAACGUUUAUUGAGUCGUUUCGUGUAUUUGAUAAAGAAGAUAAUGGAUUAAUUAGUGCAGCUGAAUUAAGACAUCUACUAACAGCACUAGGUGAAAAACUACGAGAUGAUGAAGUAGAUGUAUUAUUAUCUGGUUUAGAAAAUAGUCAAGGUCUUGUACCAUAUGAAGCUUUUGUACAACGUGUUAUGAGUUAAGACCAACCUUCAUUCUGAACCCGUAAAUCAUUAAAGUACCCUAUUCAACAGGUUGAUUUUUGAUAAGUUGCGAAAUAAAUUAUCAGCUUUUUUCAUUAUUUUACAACGUCAAGUUCUAUAAACGAGCUUAUUUAUG